AUGAAAAUAAUUCAAGAACAAAACAAGAGCCGCACAGAGGAAUCACGAUGCGGAUUAUUCAAUGUGGCCUUGCAGAUCGAUGAUGGCAUCCAUGCGAGGAACGAUGGAAACGACUUCGUAGAACACCUCUUGAGGAAUGCGUGCGCAUCCCGCUGUUUCAUGGACAUCACCCGAUCUCAACCCAUUGGGGGUCAGGUAUACAGCUAUUGUGGGUUGUCGGAUCGAGAGGUGUGCUGCUUCGUUCCCCUGAACGCCCAACCCGUGGGACUCGUGCCUGAGAUCGCGGAAGAAGACCGAGGAAAAGACUGCGGGAAGAAGGGAUCCGACAAUAGCAUCGACGGAGAAGCAGCCCUCGCCGAAUGGCCUUGGCAUGCAGCAGUUCUGGAGAAACCUCAAGACCUGUACGUGUGUGGGGGAUCCUUGUUGCACGCGCGAUGGGUCCUCACUGCCGCCCACUGCGUCGAUGACUACCUCCCGGUGAUCCAAAGGGUCCAUGAGGUGUUGAAAGUGCGAUUGGGAGAAUACGACGUGAGCACGACGUCGGAACCCCUGGGACACGAGGAAUUCAACGUCGUUCGGAUCGUCAUUCAUCCAGGUUUUGACAAUGCCACUUUGGUUCACGAUAUUGCCUUGCUUCAACUGGCUAGACCGGCCCAGAGACGAGCCAAUAUCGACGCCGUCUGCAUGCCAAAGCCCAACCAAGCCAGCAAUGCCACCGGGCAACCGUGUUAUGUCACCGGCUGGGGACGACUCACCGAAGAUACGGAUCACAGCCUGGUGUUGAAGGAGAUCAAAGUACCUAUGUGGAACCACGUGGCUUGUGAGCAAGCCUUGAGACUUCAAUUCGGUCCUACCUACAGUCUCCCCGACACAGUCAUCUGCGCUGGCGCAGAGGGACGGGACGCCUGCGAUGGUGAUGGAGGAGGGCCACUGGUGUGCGAGAAGGAGGGGCAUUGGUAUCAAAUGGGGAUCGUGUCCUUCGGAAUCGGGUGCGGCCGACGGAACAUCCCCGGUGUCUACACUCGGUGGGAAAGACAGCGCUUUUUCUCUCUCACUGAUUUCAGCAUGAACUCCGGUUAUCUUCUCAUCCUUGCCGCCUUCAUUGGGCUGGCCGCAUCCAAUCGUGUGCCCUUGUCGUUUCCUAGGAUCAUCAACGGUGACGAUGCGCGUCAAGGGGAAUUCCCCUAUCAAGUGUCGUUUAGGUACAGGUCCAGCAACUUCCACUUCUGCGGAGGAUGGAUCUACGAUGAGUGGAAUGUCGUGACGGCUGCCCACUGCGUCCGAAGCAGUCCCACAGACCCCGAAGACGUCAAGGUUCUGAUUCCUCUCUUCUUUCGUCACCCCUUCACUUCCCCGAUUAUCGUGGCUGGAGAGUGGAGAUUCAGCACGAAUGAAGGAACGGAGCAAGAGGUGUUCGUCAGAGAUAUCAUCGUCCAUCCCGACUGGGUCGACCCGAACUGGAGCAACUUGCACACCUAUGACCUGGAAUUCGACAUCACCCUCCUUCACCUGGAAUCUCCAUUGGAAUUCAAUGAUUACGUCAGCGAGAGGGUGGUCAUCUCCGGUUGGGGCCAGACGGAGAGCGGAUUCGCUCCAGAUAUUUUGCAGAAGUUGGAGAUGACUGUCAUCACGGAUGAAGCUUGCGCUGAUGAGUAUCAAGAUAUUAUCCCGGAGAACAUGAUCUGCAGCCAGGAGCCCGGUGGCACUUCCUGCUUCGGUGAUUCUGGUGGCCCAAUGACACGAAUCUCCGAUGGAGCCGUGGUAGGAGUGGCAUCCUUCGUGGCAACUGAUGGAGUCGGUGGAUGUGCCAGGGGAUUCCCCGAUGGAUACACCGAAGUCUCGCACUUCGUCGAUUGGCUCGAGGAAGCCAUUCAAAGACCCUAAAAUAGAAUAAUGAACAUCAAUAAACAACAUUCAAUUGAAUAUA